CCAUUCUGUUUCAUUUCUUUUCUGUGAAGGAUGAUAAAAAACCCAAACCCGACAUGCCGCCUUUUCUUUCUUUCUUUCUUUUUUUAUUGAUUUAUUUAUUUAUUUAGCGCGUGAGGAAUAAAUGAUGAAGAAUUGGCCAUCAGACUACAGGAGAAGGAAAUGAGGAGUGAAAGCUGCUAAUCAGACGCAGGGGAGUGUUUUUAUGCCCGUGUUUCACCCUGGAUUGGAAAUCCGAUGCUGUAAUGAGGCUAAAAGCGCAGAGGAAUCAGAUUAGAUCGGAUUUUAUGGGAAUAAAUAUCGGGUCUGAUUUAUAGCGACAUGACUUUAUAUUUAUUAGGAUCAGGUUUCGGACACGUCCAUCAGUGUGUCUUUAUUUGUCUGAAAUGAUAAAAAAGAUCCGUCUGGGAAACGCGGAUUUCUGUCCAAAUCACCCACAACUAAAAAUAUUGGCACCCUGAGGAUUACAGAGCGAAUCCGGAUUUUAUUAUUGCGAGAUAUUCAGCUUUUUAUUUUCACACUGAUUCUGAUUCAGCCUUCUUGCCAUGACCUCCAAAGCGGAUGUAGAAAUCCUGCCAAAAGAUGCAGAUGUUCCUCAGCGGCCGAGGCACCAGACCCCCACGGCUCUCCUCCUCCCAGCUUCUGCUCAUCCACUGCCGAAAGUGGACGUGUCCCAAACCACAGGAAAGGAAGUGACACAGGUGGGCGGGACCUGCAGCAUCGUCCAUGUUCUGGAGUGGAAAGAGGGAAUGGCGAUUCUGCCAGGAAGCAACCUGAAGCUGUGUGUGAGUGACAGCGGCACCCUGGAGGUGAUCAGUCAGGGGAAAAUUAACUCUACCAGUCCUCAUGCUGACGGAGCUGCGAACAAAGUGAUGGAUGGAGAACCCAAACAAGCGCUGAAACCCAGCUCAGAUCCUUCAUCAGAUGUCCAGGCCGUGUGUGUGGAUAGCUGUCGGCUUGUUAAGGUAAACCAGGAGGUCCAGGAGAACUCGGUUCCUCACAAGAACAGCGAUCAGAUGAUGAAGCGCAACUAUACAGAGGAACUACGGAGAGAUCCAGCACCAGACAAUCUGACAGGAAGUGAAAUGGGUUUGGAAGCAGGACUGAUGUCUCGUGACCCGGACCUGCUGAAGCCGAUGAAGAAGAGGAGGAGGAGGGAUUAUUUAAGCCCCUCUGAGGAAGACUCAGAUCCUGAAACGAUGGAAGGGAAAUCUGAAGACCUACAAACAGAAGGACAAGACAAAACAGGAACAGAUGCUAAAGCAGAGUCAUGGUCAUGGGCGCAGUAUCUGGAUGAGCUGAAGGCCAUCGCAGCUCCGGUCAAACUCUUCCAGGAGGCACAACAAGUUCCUGAAAGUCCAAACAACUUUUGCCAAGGCAUGAAGUUGGAAGGUAUCGACCCCCAGCAUCCCUCCAUGUACUUCGUCCUGACUGUGGCUGAGGUUUGCGGUUACAGAUUACGCCUCCAUUUUGACGGGUACUCAGACUGCCAUGACUUUUGGGUCAAUGCUAAUUCUCCUGAUAUUCACUCUCCAGGCUGGUGUGAGAGCACAGGACACAAACUACACACUCCCAAAGGGUAUAAGGAAGAGGAGUUUUCAUGGGACUGCUAUUUAAAACUCACCAAAGCACAAGCUGCCCCAAAGGAACUGUUCACCAACCCAGGCAACAUCGAGACAGACGAGGAACACGGCUUUGAGGUCGGUUUGAAGCUGGAAGCAGUGGACCGCAUGAACCCGUCUCUCAUCUGCGUUGCCACGGUGACAGACAUAGUGGGCAAACGAUUUCUAGUGCACUUUGAUAACUGGGAUGAUACAUACGAUUACUGGUGUGAUGCUCGAAGUCCGUACAUUCACCCCAUCGGCUGGUGUAAAGAGAGGGGCCUCCCCCUCACACCUCCACAAGAUUACCCUGAGCCGGGUCGGUUCUCCUGGGAGCGUUACCUGGACGAGACCGGAUCCACAGCGGUGCCUGCAGACGCUUUUAAAGUGCGUCCUCCUCACAGCUUCCAGGUGAACAUGAAGUUGGAGGUAGUAGAUAAGAGAAGUCCGGCGCUGAUCCGUGUGGCCAGCAUACAGGAAGUGGACACUCACAGGGUUAAAAUCCAUUUUGAUGGUUGGAGUCACGUGUAUGACGAGUGGAUGGACUCUGAUCACCCUGAUCUUCAUCCUGUUGGAUGGUGUGAGAGCACGGCUCAUCCUUUAAAACCUCCUCCCUCAACCCCAUCCAGCGUCCUGCAGACUAGUCCGAGAGAAACCAUCGCUGCAGCUCCAUCUAAUUUCACCUCAACACCAUGUAAACCUGGCCCCAACCCCCGCAGCAACUCUAAAUACAACUUCCAUAACAGGAAGUGCCCUACCCCCGGGUGUGACGGCUCAGGUCAUGUGACCGGACGUUUUACAGCGCAUCACUGUAUAUCCGGUUGCCCGUUGGCUGAGAGGAAUCAGGGACGGGUCAAAAUGGAUCUGUCAGAUACAGAAGGAUCCAAACGCAACCUACUUGUCUUUGGCCAGAGGGCAAAAAAAUCUCGUUAUCACGGCAGGAUUGGCCGUCCUCCUAAAUAUCGCAAGAACCAACAACGAGCCUAUCAAAACAUGACAUCAGAGAGCAUGUAUCCCUCUCUCUUCAUGUCAGCACUGACCGCGAGUUCAGACCGAACUCUUUCUCUCUGCUGGGAGCAACACUGCAAACUCCUUCCAGGUGUUGCAGGAAUUCACGCCACUCAAGUAGCUUCCUGGAGUGUAGAAGAGGUAUUCGGCUUUGUGCAGAAUCUGACCGGUUGUGAGGACCAAGCGAGGCUUUUCAAAGACGAAAUGAUCGAUGGAGAGGCCUUCCUCCUGCUGACUCAAACAGAUAUAGUGAAGAUCAUGAGCAUCAAGUUGGGACCAGCCCUUAAGAUCUACAACGCCAUCCUGAUGUUCAAGAGCACUGAUGAAGGACUGUAGUUGACUCUGAUGCCUCAGUGCUGUGCCAUGUUCUCAUCCAUCCACAAUCCAUCACCCAUCAUGUGUUUGGUGUUUACUGCUGGACCCCACCAGAGAGAGAAGAGACAGAAACGGAGAGAAGUAAAGUGUAACUGAGCCCUAAUCCAAUGCUGCUGUAUCUCUCAGAACUUGCUGAAGUGUUAAAUGGACCAUCGUGGCUCCUCAUCCUUCUUUCUGCUACACAACGCUGUGAUUUCAUCGAUGAGAUUGAGUUUUUUUUCCCCCACAUUAAAAAUCCAGAUGAAUGAUUCAGGAAAUGACUGAAUGACACAACAGAAGCACUUGAUGGCCUUCAGGUCACAUUUUCUUAAUAUGUUAAUAAAAAAAAAAAAAAAUGUAAGUAGAGCUGGUUAAAGUAUUCAACAUAUGAGUUCAAAUCCCAGCCGUAUCAAGCUACCACUCCUGGGCCCCUGAGCAAGGCCCCUGACUCUAAACUGCUCUGGAUGAGGGCUUUUUUGCCCAAUAAUAUAAAUGUAAACAGAUGGAAUAGGAAAGGGUUUUAAAAAAAUAUAUAAAGUGGUGUGAAACAUUUUCUCAGCAUAAAGUUGAAGCGUGAAGUCAUUGAGAUGUUCCAUCACUCUGUUAGAUCCUUUAGUAGGAUGAUGGAGAUGGAAUGAGAUAAGAGCAGAAUGUGGCUAGAAAUCAUUAAGAUCUCAUCAUCCAUUCUAACAUCUGGAGAACACUCAGUGGUUAGAGUGUUGGACUUCGUCUGCGAAGGUCGUGAGUUCAAAUCCCAGCUGUACCAAGCUACCACUCCUGGGCCCCUGAGCAAGGCCCCUAACUCCAUCACUACUCUGUAUGUAUGAAUGAGAUAACUGUAAGAUGCUCUGGAUAAAGGCCUAAAACAACCAAACCAUAAGUCCAAAAUUGAAGCUUUUGUAGACAACAUGAGAAGUUUUUAGAUGAUUUCAGGACAAAGCAUCUGUAAAACACAGAUUAAGGUGCGUUAGAGAGCGGAGUUUGCGUGACACUUAAUGUUGGAGGUUCCAGGUUACCGUGAGGGCAUCAUUUAAUCCACGAGCAGAUCUAGUUUUAAUGUUCUGCACUGUCUCAUGGUGUUUCAGAAGUCGUCUCAUUUACACUAGUGGACUGUGAUUGGACAUGUGGUGUCUGAUAGGCCUAGGGGUCAACUCCAGACUAAUGAGGGGGUGUGGCCAAGGCAGCAUAUAUACAGAAAUGGAUUAGAAACAAGGUUGUGUCGGGACACAGUGAUAACGGUGUUCUAUCAGAACCCGACUUUAUGGAAUGGGACACGAACAGACGCAGGAUGAAAUAGAUGAAUAAAGGAGCAGAGAGAAUGAUGAGCAUCCUUGAUGGUCCAUAAAAGAAUUCUUGUACAGACAGUAUUUGCAGAUGAAGUCUGACUUUUGAGCUGCCUAAAACAGAAAUGUUAUAAUAAAUGAAUUGGUGCUACCCCGAAUAAUAAUUAUGCACUUUAUAAGAUUGGCCACUAGGUGGAGUAAAUGCACAUUCUGAGCCAAGCCUGUCGUCAGCGUUUGACCCUUUUGCCCAUUUCUGGAGCUUUUUCUGAUGUUGUUUAUAAAAUAACACAAAACCAGGAGGUGUCUGUGAUCAUAACUAUAUCUAAUCAACUAACAGGGAUUGGUUUUGUUUACAUCUAAAGCAAUGUCUGUCUUUUUUUUUUUUUGGUAAAAAAAAAUUAUUCUCUCUCUGAUGGGAAAUUAAAGUGAUAAUAAUAAUAAUAAUAAUAAUAAUAAUAAUAAUAAUAAUAAUAAUAAUAAUAAUGUACAGAUCCUGAGUAAAAAAAAAAAACUCAU